GAACCCAGGACGGGGUCUUUAAAGGUGCACCUCAGUGACCUGCUUUCCUGUCUUCACCUUCAUCUGUGGAUAAAUUCAGAACCCUUAUGAUCCCAUCACCUCUCUACUGACCACGCCUUCAGACGUUUCAUAUGUAGCCCACCAUAAUGUAUCAUCCUGGUUUUCAAAGAAGCCACCUCAGAGUGUUUACACACUGGGGAAACACACACCUACUUGUGCUCUCCCUGGUUCUAAAGAGCCUAUUUGUAACUACCACACACAUUGGAUCACAAGACCCUCUGCAGGUGAGGGGAAGUAAGUGCUUCCGCUGGGUCCUGCCAUCGUCACCUCCCAGUGAAGCCCUGCUGAGCCCAAGGAGAAAGAAACUGCACUUGGGCUUGUUGAGGGUUAUGUAGGCAGAUGGCCAGGUAACCUACCGGCAGGACCCCAAAACAGCCUGAGUCUAUUCAAGUCAUCCCUGGUUCAAGAGUGUAUCAGGCACAUAGUAUUUAGCAAUGUAAAUCACACAAUGCCUCUAUCCUUUAAAAUCUCAUUUAAAAGUGUCAAUCCCCACUGCCACUAGCUUCUUGUAACUGUGUCCACUUUUUAAGAGGUAAGUGGUCCCUUGGGUCCAUUUUCAAAGGAGAUGCAAGAGUCUAGAGAGGUAUACCUCUUCUCCAUGCCAUCCCUUGUGACCCUAAUUCCUCCCUCAUCCUCUCUGGGAAAGAGGUCUCGUACUCCACUCGAGAGGUCAAAAGCCCACACUGAAGGACUGUGAGUAGUACUUGGGGAGGGGGGGUGCACCUCAAGGUCCUGUGCCUCUCAGGUGUAUACCACCUGCAGAAGGUGUUGGGCUUUUCCUCUGUCACCCAUGUACCCUUGUGAAGAUGCCAGCCUGGACUGUCAUUUAGCACAACAUAUUUUUUUUAUUAUCAUCCAGAGGCAUGAGGUUAGGGUAGAAUAGACUCCUCCCCUCUUUCCUGGAUGGAUCCAGAUUAGUUUAAGCCAAUUGGAGUAUUUCAUUCCCCCUAGUCACAGAUACCAGUUCAAAAAUACAUGUGUUUUCCUCAUCCCAUUUUCAACAGGUACCACCCCAGCACUUAGGAAGAUGUUCCACAUAGUCCCUCUGGGCUGGCAGAGAGGAGGUAUUGAACGAGGCAUAGGAAACCCAGAUCUGCAGUAACAAUGUUUGGGAUGCUGGAGCAAACAGCACCUGAAGUCCUGUUCCUGCUAGAUUGUUUUCAGUUACGGCCAGUUCACCCAUCUGUAUGUAUCAUUCAGUCCAGCUCAAACAGAAAGUUCAGUCUCUUGGCAAGGAUUUCAAAGACCAAUUGACCUUUUCACCAAGGGCUUCGUCACUCACUGCCAAUGAGGAGCUGCCCCUUGUACAAUAUGCAUUGGCUCUAGUUGCUGCUGAGCCAGGGGAGGGGGCAUGGGAAGGAGAGCAGUCCUCUAAUCCUGUCCAACAAUAUCUUAUUUAAAGAUUGAUUGUACUUUAUGUGUACAAGUGCUUGUCUGGUGUGUGUUCACUGCCUGACUAUCUGGUGCCUUCGGAAACCAGAAGAGGGCACCAGAUCUACUGGAACUGGAGUUGCAGAUGGCUGUAAGCCUCCUGUGGUGCUAGAAACAGAAUCCAGAUCCUCUGGAAGAGCAGCCAGUGCCCUUGACCACAGUCCCAUUUCUCCAACCCCACAUCUAACAACCAAACAGUCACCUCUGCUUAAACCUACCAACAAAGCAUGGUACAGUUCUGUCUGACCUCAGAUCUCACAAACCUGGAGGAGCUGAGGCCAGAGCCCCUCAAACCCAGAAGGCUUUCCCGAUGAAGCUUUCCCUUACAGAUGAGACUGGGCACCUUCAGGGUGCUAUGGCUGAAGACAAGGCUUUCCCUGCAAAACAGGAACUGGGCCUGGAAGACUGUAGCAUUUCUUCUAGAAUAUUCCUUAGAGCUGAUCAAAGUCUGGGGCAUCAGGCAGCCCAUGCAGAGGGCUUGUGCUGCAGUCAGGAAGAGCGAGCACCUGCCCCGGUGGUUACCUAUAACUAACUGAACUUGGGUCCCAGUCUCUGAGAUGGUUGUGUGUGAAUGUCUGAAGACUGGGGUGAGGGUGGGGGAGCCUACAGCACCUCAAGGAAGUGUCCCUGUGGCCAAGGCUUUUGAGAGAAGAGGUCAAGACUACUGACAGGAAGCCUGUGGGAAGGGGUUGUUGCUCAUAGAGGAGCUAUGAGCAGGAGCUGCUUCCCUGGGUACCUUCUGCCACAAUAAAUCUGUCAUUGGCUUCUCAAUACUUAGCUAAGCUGAGCUUGUGGCCCAGAUCUAUUCAAGACCUGGGAAUCUAAGCCCAAGACACUACAGCUUCCUGUGGCUAUUCCUAGUUAGAGAGAGGCUGUCAGACGGCUCCUUCAAUCAUCCUAGGAUGGGUGUGGAAGAGAAAGGGAGUCUACAGCUUUUAGCCAGAAAUCCUGAUCAUGGAUACCUCUCAUUAGACUUCAGCAUCCUGCAAUGUUCUCACUAGAGCCAACAAGACCCUCCUCACCUGCCAACAGUGGAAACAGCCAGGAGAUGGGGUAGAGGAUAAAGGAGGAGACCCCCUAGCAAUGAGCCUAGAGCAUUCUUGAGCCACCCUCUCCUGUCUGGGUCCCGCCCUGUAGCAGGUGGGAGGACAAUGCUGCUUGUGUGCUGACAGGCUGGCAAAGGGGAGGGCCAUACUGUGCCUCCAGCCUGACCUUUCUGGUUCCCUCCCUCACUCCCCAGGCUUUGCUAUUUUGUAUCUCCAUUCCAGCAGUGGGACCUCCUAAUGAGGACCCGGACAUCAACUGCCAAGCCGCAGCGUCCCUGACGAGAAGACCCAGGCCCAAAGCUCAGCCCUUCUGAGUUCAAGUUUGGCCAUGGACUCUGAGUAUGAGAUAGGCCAUGUCCGCAAGCUCCAGGCUCAGCAUACACACAUGCAGGAGAAGACCUUCACCAACUGGAUCAAUAACAUCUUCCGACUAGGACGGGUGGGCAUCAGGAUCCAGAACCUGUACACAGAGUUUGCUGACGGUGCCCACCUACUGCGGCUAUUGGAGCUUAUCUCUGGGGAGGCCCUACCAGCGCCCAGUCCGGGCCGCCUGCGCGUGCACUUCCUGGAGAACAACAGCCACGCCCUGGCCUUCCUCAGGGCCAAGGUGCCCAUUCCCUUCAUCGGGCCAGAGAACAUUGUGGAUGGGGACCAGUCACUCAUCCUGGGACUCCUCUGGGUCAUCAUUCUGCGUUUCCAGAUUUCCCACAUCUCCUUGGACAGGGAGGAGUUUGGGGCCAGUGCGGCUUUGCUGUCUGCCAAGGAAGCCCUGCUGGUCUGGUGUCAGCGGAAGACAGCCGGCUACACCAAUGUGGACAUCACUGACUUCUCCCGAAGCUGGAGUGACGGGCUCGGCUUUAAUGCCCUGCUCCACGCUCACAGGCCGGACCUGCUGGAUUAUGGCUCGCUGAGUCCAGACCGCCCUCUGUAUAACCUCUCCUUUGCCUUCCGAGUGGCUGAGCAGCAGCUUGGCAUUGCCCAGCUGCUCGACCCUGAGGAUGUGGCAGCCCUGCAUCCAGAUGAGUGCUCCAUCAUGACCUACCUGUCUCAGUACUACCACUACUUCUCCCGUCUGCAGCGGGGGCACACGGCCCAGAGGAGACUGGCUAAGAUCCUGCUGCAGCUGCAGGAGACGGAGGUAUUGCAGGCACAAUACAAGCAACUGGUGGCUGACCUGCUCUGCUGGAUUGAGGAGAAGAAGAUGCAGCUAGAAGCUCGGGACUUCCCAGACUCACUGCCUGCCAUGCGCCAGCUACUGGCAGCCUUUGCCUCCUUCCGUGCCCGGGAAAAGCCACCUCGGUGGCAGCAGCGAGGAGCCACAGAGGCCCUGCUCUUCCAGCUGCAGACAACACUCCGAGCCCAAAACCGAAGGCCAUUCCUACCUCGAGAGGGCCUGGGCCCUGCAGAGCUGGCCCAGCGCUGGGCAGAACUGGAGAGGGCAGAGGCCUGCAGGAGCCAGGCCAUGCAGCAAAGGCUGCUACAGCUGGAGCGACUGGACACUCUGGCCCGCCGCUUUCAGUGCAAGGCAUCCCACCGGGAAAGCUUUUUAAAUGACGUAGAGCAGAUGUUAGACCAGGCCAGAGCCUCCCUCACCGACCCAGCCACAGUGGAGGCAGCCACUCAGAGGCUGAGCGUUCUGGAGGCUGCCAUCCUGCCCCAGGAAGGGCGCUUCCAGGCCUUGGGUGAGAUGGCAGACAUCCUCCGGCAGGAAGAGUAUCACAGCUGGGCGGAUAUGGCCCGCAGGCAGAAGGAGAUCACGGGGCGCUGGCGGAGGCUCCUACGGUGUCUACAGGAGGAGAGGAAGCGCAUGGAAGACUCAAAGGCUGUGCUGAGUCUGCUGCAGGGGGUGGAGGCUGUCACUCACCAGCUUGGGGAGCUGCAGGUGUUGGCCAGCUCCACAGUCUAUGGGCAACAGCUGGCAGAAAUAGUGUCGCUGCUGCAGAGCCAUGACCUGCUGGAGGCCCAGGUGUCAGCCCACAGGACCCAUGUGACUCAUCUUGUCCACCAGACCACCCAGCUAGACUCCCAGGGUACCAGUGUGGAGGUGCUGCAGGCUAAAGCCCUAGCACUGGCCGAGCUCCACCACAGCCUGGUGUCUCUUGUCAGAGCCCGACGUACCCUGCUGGAGCAGACCCUCCAGCGAGCACAGUUUCUGCGCAGCUGUGAGGAGGAGGAGGCCUGGUUGCAAGAGCACAGACAGCUAAUGGAGACCGCGGUCCUGGACCGGGACCUCACUCAGAUCGCUACUGCUCUGCAGAAACACAAGGCUCUGGAAACAGAACUCCAUCGCCACCAGGCAGUGUGUGUAGAUCUCAUGCAGAGAGGACGCAACUUCAGUGUCAGAGAGCCCCUGACACAGCCAGAUCCACUGGAAAGGGCAGAAGCAGUGCAGGGAACCUGGCAGCUGCUCUGGGCUGGAGCCGCAAGGCGGCGCGCCCGGCUGCAAACAGCACUGCUAAUUGGGCAGUACUUUUCUGACUCGGCCGAAGCAGCUUCCUGGCUUUUCCAGCGGCAGAAACAACUAGAGAGCGCAUCCUGCGGGAAGGACCAGGCAGACGCCGAGGCCCUGUUGCUGCAACACCUGCGCCUGGAGCAAGACGUGCGCGCCUUCGCGGCGGAGCUGCGCGAGCUAGAGGAGCAGGCGCGGGCUGCCGCAGCCCUAGUGUCACACAUGGUGCACACGGGGACAUGGAAAGGAUCCAGACUUGUCUCUCCUACACCAAAUGAGGAACCUCCAGAAGACUGGAAAAGGCUUGGCAGAGACACCAUUGGAGGACCCCAGGGGGAGACUCAAGUUUUAGCAGCACCAGGCAGCCAUUAUUCACAUCAGCAGAUAGCCUUCUUCUCCAGAGAAGAGGCUCCAAAUACCUGGAAGCUUGAAGAGUUGGGAGACAGUCAGAGCAGGAUGGCCAUCAUCCACAGCAUCGAGAAGAAACCCCAGGUGCUAUCUGCCCUGGGCUUUCUAGGAGAAGGCCCGAGGACAGUUCUGCAGGCUGAGAAUGACGUUCACUUCAACUCCAGCACCAUACUCCAGGCUCAGGCUGACGUGAGCCAGACCUAUGAGAAGCUUAGGGCCCUGGCAAAGCUUCACAGGACCCGACUGGAGGAGUCAAUCGCCCUGUUUAGCUUUUAUAGCUCCUGUAGGGAGCUUCAGUCCUGGCUGGAGAAGCAGACCGCACUGUUCCAAACAUUGCAGCCCCAGGGACACAACUUAGAGGUCAUACAACUCAAAUAUGAGAAUGUUCUCAUGACCUUGGCCACUGGAAAAGGCCACUGGGCAGAGGCCAUCAACACUGCUGAACAACUGAAGCAGAGAUGUCCAGGACACAUCUCGAAAAUCCAACAACAACAGGAGGACCUGAAGCAAAGGUGGCAGCAGCUGGAAGCCCUGAAGGAGGAGAAACUCCUGCAGCUGACACGUGGCAUGGAGGUGUGCAGUCUUUUACAGGAGUCUGAACCCAUACAAGCCCAACUGCUAAAUGUGAUAAGCAGGCUGGAGACUCUGGGAACAAGAAGCUCUGGGGACAGCCAUCAUACCCUACAGCAGACCCAGCAGAAGGUCCUGGUAUUGGAGAAGAAGAUCUCCUACCUCCAAAGAGCAACCAUAGAGGUGAUGGAGUCAGGCUCCCCAGAGAGCAGGCUGCUUUGGGAGCAGGUCCUGAUGCUGCAGUCACUGCUAAAGCAAGCGCAAGGGCAGGUGGCCCGGCAGAUCCAGGUCCAGACUGUGGCUCGGGUUCAGCGAGGCAUCCUCCAGGAGAGCCAGAAGCUGCUGCUGUGGGCAGAGGACAUCCAGGCUCAGCUGUGCAGCAAAGAGGAGCGGCAGGUUGAGGCUUCAGCCCUGCGGCCGCUGAGGAGGCAUGGAACCCUACAGGAGGAGACCUGCCUGUGGGAAGAGAGGCUGCAGCAGCUGGAGGCUCAGGGUCAGCCGGUGGCAGUCUCAGACUCUCCACAGUCCCAGGAGGUGGCCAGCGCUCUAAGGCUCCUAGGCCAGCACAGCCAGCAGCUGAAGGCUCUGUGGGAGCAGAGACAGCAGAAGUUUUGGGAGGGGCUGGAGCUGCAGGGGUUUGGCCAAGAAGUAGAUGAUUUCAUGGCCACCUGUGCCAGCCAUGAGGCCUUACUGCAGCUGGACAACCUUGGGGAGGACAUAAGGGAGGCCCAGAGCCUGCUGCAGCAGCACCAGGGUUUGGGGUGGCUCCGCAGCACCCUGGGAUCACGGGCAGAGGCCCUCCGUGCACGCGGUGAGAAGCUGCUUCUGAGCCAUCCAGCUGCCGUGAGCAAGAUCAGAGAGCUGCUGCACAGUGCCCAGGCCCAGUGGACCAGGGUCCAAGAGAGGAGUGAGCAGAGAAGGGUCCAGCUGCUGGCUUCCCUCCAAUUGCAGGAAUGGAAGCAGGCUGAAGAAGGCCUAAUGCUGUGGAUGGAGGAGAAGUGGCCCAGGGUGGCUGAUGAGCGCUCCCAAGCAGGAAGCAACAUUCUGCAGAAACUCAAGUGGCGCAAAAUAACUAAGAGUGAGCUAUUAGCCUCUCGGAGGUACAUGGAAGAGCUACAGCAGGCUGGGAAAGAACUGUUGCAUAGCAACCCAUAUGCACAGGAGGACAUACAGGACAGACUUCAAAGCCUUAAUCACAAAUGGGAAGAGUUGAACCACAAGAUGGAAGAUCGAGGGGAUAGGCUGCCUCAGACCAGACAGCAGGACCAGCUCCUAGAACUAAUACAGGAUGUCCAGGAGACAAUGGAGCAUCUGGAGGGAGCCCUGCAGAGCACAGAAACCGGGCAGGACCUGUGCUCCAGCCGGAGGCUGCAGAGACAGCAUUGCAAGCUAGAGGACAAGAGCCAGGCACUGGCCAGCAAGAUGGAUGCCCUCAUCUCUCAGACCCACAAUGCAUUCACUUCCUGGACCAUCCUGGAGGAGAGCCAGAAGUGUCACCAGAGGUUCAAGUCCCUGCAGAGCAAGCUAGCCACCCAACACCAGCAACUGCAGGCCUCAGUUGAGCUGUAUGAAUUUAAUCUCCUUAGCAACCUGGAGCUCACAUGGGCAGCUGAGCACAUGCCCAAUGCCGCUCUCAACUGCCCUGCCCAGUGCUGGCAUGAUGCCCACAGCCUUCAACGAAAGCACAAGAUGCUCCAGGCUGAGGUGAAAGGUCAUGUAAGGCACAUGUACAGGGUGCUAAGUUCUGGUCAGCGUCUAGCAGCCUCUGGGCACCCUCGAGCUCAGCAUAUCGUGGAACAGUGCCAGAAGCUAGAAAGCCACUGGGCAGGACUGGAGCAGGCGUGUGAAGAACGUGCACACUGCCUGCAACAGGCUGUCACUGUCCAGCAGUACUUUCUGAACGUGUCAGAGAUGGAGACCUGGGUGGAGGAAAAGCGGCCUCUGGCAAGCAGUCAGGACUACGGCAGUAAUGAGGAAGCUACCAGUGGGCUCAUUAGGAAACACCAGAUGCUCCAGCAGGAGGUAGCUCUUUAUUGGAGCUCCAUGGAAGAUCUCGAGCAGAGGUUCCAGACCCUUGCUGAAUUUGAGGCCCCUGAGCGGUUGGGUGUGGUACGGGAGAAGUUGCAGGCACUACGGAAGCUGGCAGACGAACGGGGGCAGGAGCUGGAGGGGACCCUGAGACUACAUGAGUUCAUGAGAGAAGCUGAGGACCUGCAGAGCUGGCUGUCCAGCAGGAAGCAGGUGGCCAGAGGAGGGGACACCUUUGGAGAGGACCAUGAGCACGUGCUGCAACUCUGCACUGAGUUUACAAAGUUUCAGUACCAGGUUGAAACUGGUGCCCAGCGAGUGGAAACCUGUCGACUGCUGGCAGAGAGCCUACAAGAGCGUGGGCACAGUGCUGCCCCCAAGGCUCACCAGAGGCAGCAGGAUAUACAGGCUUCCUGGUCUGAACUGUGCCAGUUGACCCAGGCCCGAAGCCGUCUGCUCAAUGACGCCGAAAUCACUCUUAGAGUCCACGGAGACCUUCUGGAAGUCCUUACCCAGAUUCAGGAGAAAGCCACAAGCCUCCCUAACGAUGUGGCCCAGGACCUGUGUGGGGUAGAGAACCAGCUCCAGAGACAUGAGAGGCUGGAACGCGAGUUGGCAGGCAUGGAGCAGCAGGUGCAGGAACUGAUGAAGGCUGGAGGCAGAGUGCAGGAGCUGUGUCCAGGAACUCAGGCCCUUGCCGCUGUCCAGCAAAAGCAGCAAGCUGUGACCCAAGCUUGGGAGGCCCUCCAGCUGCGCAUGGAGCAGCGCAAGGCUCAAUUGGAACGAGGAUAUCUCCUGGUCCGGUUCCACACAGCGGUGAGGGACUAUACCUCCUGGGCGGCCAGCGUGCAUCAGGAGCUACAGAUGGAGGAGGCCUCCUGGGAACCCCACAGCCUUUUGCUCAGGCUCAGAGCCCAUCAAUGGCUGUGGGCAGAACUGAAAGCCAAGGAGGAGCUGCAGCAACGGGCCACUAAGAUGGGCCAGCAAGCUCUGCUGGCAGCAGGAACACCCGCUAAGGUCCAGGAUGGGCUUCGAACCCUACAGGAGGAACGCGACCAAGUGUUCCAGGCCUGGGCACUCAAGCAAGAGAAGCUGCAGGCCAUGCUUCAAGAACAGCACCUCCUCAGGCAAUGCGGCCACCUAGUGGAGGUCCUCACAGCCCAGGAGGCAUUCCUAAAAGCCAGUGGCCUGGGGAGCUCAGUGGAAGAAGUGGAGCAGUUGAUCCGAAAGCACGUGAUCUUCCAGAAAGUGCUAGCUCUCCAGGACAAGAAGGAGUCGGCUCUGAAUGAGCAGCUAAAGACGAUUUCAAGCCCUAAGGGGCAGAACCUGUUUUGCCACAUGUUGGAGCACCGGGCUCAAGUGAAGGAACUGGCAGAGAGCCGGGGCCAGGCUCUGCACACCUCCCUGAUGAUAGGCAACUUUGUCAGGGCAGCAACCCAGGCUGAGGACUGGAUCCAGCAGCGGGUCCAGCAACUGAGAGCCUGGAGCCCUCUUGGGAAUCUAAAGGAUUAUCUGAAGCACCUGAGGAAACACCAGGCCUUCAGGGCUGAGGUCCAGGCUCAGGAGCAGAUCUUGACCUCUGUUGCCAAGCAAGGCGAAGAGCUCCUCAGUCAGAGCCACCCUCAAGCUGGAGAGGUCUCCCAGAGGCUGGAGGCCCUGCGGGACCUCUGGGAGAAGCUGAGGCAGGCAGUGACCCUGCAGGGCCAGGCCCUAGAGAACAGAUACAACUUCCAGGAGUUCCUGCAGAGAGUGGACCUAGCAGAGACCUGGAUCCAGGAGAAGGAGAGGAUGGUGAACAGCUGUGACAUUGGCCUGAACCUUGAGCACUGCCUGCAGCUCUGCAGACAAGUCCGCAGGUUACAGGUCACAGUGGAUGAUGCCCACAUCAAGGGAAUCAAAAACUUGUCACUGCAGCUCAAGAACCAGGGCCCUGAGGAAUCCGAGACCAUCUGCCAGCGGCAAAACCAGCUCAACAAUAGGUGGAAGACUUUCCAUGGCAACCUGCUCCUCUAUCAGCAGCGGCUUGAAGCAGCCCUGGAGAUACAUAGAUUGUCCAGGGAACUGGAUGACGUUAUUGAGCGGCUCAGGGAGAAGGAAUCCCUGAUCUGGGCCCCAGAGGGCACUGAAGAUUUGGAGAAUGUGCAGAGGCUAUCAUGGAGACAGAAAGUGCUGCAGCAGGAGAUGGGCCUCAUCCAGACCCAGGUGGAGUCUCUUGAAGGUAGGAUUGGCCGGCUCUGCAAGGAAAGUCCCGAGGUUGCCCACAGCCUCAGACAUAAGCAGCAAGAAAUGAUGGACAGCUGGUGGAAGGUCUGGAGCAAAGCCCAGAACAGGAGGGAGUUGCUGGAUGUGGGCCAUGAAGUUCAGAAACUCCAGACCCUGCUGCAGGAUCUGCAGGACUGGGCCCGGGGACUACAGGCUGAGAUGGCCACACAGGGCACCCCCUGCAGCCCUGUGAGAAUCCAGUACAUGUUGGAAGAGUACCGGGCAUACAAGGUUGAGCUGGACAUCCGAACAGAGAGCCUUAACCUGGUCCAAAGCAUGGGGCAGCGGCUGCUUGCAUCUGGCUACCCACAGGCCUCUGAGAUUCACCAGACCCUGGCCGCUGUAGAGCAGGGGUUGAGUAGCUUGCGGGAAUCCUGGCAGGGCCGGCAACAGCAGCUACAGCAGGCCUUGGAGCAGCAGCUGUUUCUGGGCUCUGUGGAAAAGGCGGAACGCUGGCUUGACAGUGAAGAGGCCUCCCUGGCUAGUGAGGGAGUGGCGGACCCCUUGGUCACUGUGGAGACCCUUCUGUCAAAGCUCAAGAGGCAUGAGCAGGGCCUGAAGGCCCAGGCCGAAAAGAUCCGUGCAUUGGAGGCCACAGCCCACAGCCUGCACCAGGGUGGACACUCUGAGGCGCGUAGCAUCCUGGACAGAUGCCAGGCCCUGCUCCUGAGGACAGAGGCACUCACAGAGCAAGCGAGGGCCCGGGGACACCAGCUGGAGGAGCUGCGGAAGCUUCGGACAUUUUUGCAGGAUUCCAAUGAGGUAACUGCAUGGCUGAGGGAGAAGAGCCUGGCGGCUCUGGAUGAGGGCCAGCAGGACCCAGCCACGAUGCAAACACAGUUGCAGAAGCAGCAGAAUUUCCAGGCUGAGCUGGACGCCAGUGUUCACCAACAGCAGGAGGUCCAGAUGGAGGGGCAGAAGCUGCUACAAGGGGGCCACCCGGCCUCAGAGACCAUCCGGGGGCAACUGGAAGAAUUAGGAGGCCUCUGGGAUGAGCUGCAGACCAACUGCCAGAGGAAGAUGGCCAGACUACAGGGGGCCCUCAAGGUCCUGCAUCUGCAGAGAAUGCUGAAGGAACUGGAGAAGUGGCUGGAGCACAUGGAAGCAGAGCUGAGAGUCCCUGUCAGAAGCCAGGCGCUGCCUAGAGUGGGCGAACUCCUGGGAGCCCAGGAGGAGCUGGAAGCAGCCAUGGACAGGCAGGCCAAGGAAGUGCAAGAGUUGCAGGGCCAGUCCCAAGCCUGCCUCCAGGAAGGCCACUGCCUCGCCAAAGAUGUGGAAGAGCAAGCCCGGCAGCUGCUUCAGAGGUUUCAGAGCCUUCGGGAGCCCCUACAAGAGCGCAGGGCAUCCCUGGAAGCCCAAAGGCUCCUCUUACAGUUCUUCAGGGAUGCUGAUGAGGAAAUGGCCUGGGUGCAGGAGAAGCUGCCCUCAGCCACAGCCCAGGACUACGGCCAGAGCCUUAACACUGUGCGCCACCUGCAGGAGAAACACCAGAAUUUGGAGAAUGAGAUCCAUAGCCACAAGGCUCUGAGCCAGGUGGUGACAGGUACAGGGCACAAGCUCAUACAGGCAGGGCACUUUGCCACUGAAGAGGUGGCCGCCCGGGUGCAGCAGCUGGAGGUGGCUCUAAACCGCUUAGAGACAGAGGCCGCACAGAGGAGGAGGAGACUGCAGCAGGCCCUGGAGGCCCAGCAGACUUUGGUGGAGCUCCUGGAAGCAGGAUCCUGGCUGGCUGAACGGGACCAUAUUCUGGACAGUGAGGACCUGGGCCAGGACGCUGAGGCCACACAGGCUCUUCUGCGGUGCCUAGAGGCCACCACAAGAGACUUGGAAGGGUUCAGCAGUCGCAUUGAGCAGUUACAGCAAACAGUUGCCCUUCUGGAGAGUGGACAGACCCCAGGCAGUCCUAGGGUGCUGGCCCAGCUGCAGGCUGUGAGAGAGGCCCAUGCACGGCUGCUGCAGAGAGCAGAAAGCAGGGGGGAGGCGCUGCGUGAACAGCUGCACCUGUACCAGCUGGAGCAAGAGGCCUUGCUCCUGGAUGCCUGGCUGACCACCAAGCUGGCCGUCGCUGAGUCUCAGGACUAUGGACAGGAUCUAGCAGGCAUCAAGGUGCUGGAAGACAUGUUUGGUGCUUUCAACAGAGAAGUCCAGAGCCUGGGCCAGGCCAAGAUGCAGACCCUGAGGGAGCGGAUGGCUUCCCUAGAAAGAGGAGCACCCAGGUUCUACCCCCAGAUUCAAGCUCAGAAGUGUCGCGUCCAGGCCGCUUGGGAGGGGCUGAACAAGGCAAUCAAAGUCCGUACAGAGAACCUGGCAGCAGCCUGCGAUCUCCGGAGCUUUGAGCAGGCUGCCUCGGAGCUGCAGAGAUGGAUACAGGAGAAGACCACCCUGCUGGAGGAAGCAUUCCAAGUCCACAGCCUGUCACCUUCACAGCCCCUUCUGCAGCAGCAGCAGCAGCAGCAGCAGCAGCAGCAGCAGCAGCAGCAGCAGCAGCAGCAGCAGCAGCAGCAGCAGCAGCAGCAUAGGCGCCUGCAGAGAGAACUGAGGGCUAUUGAAAAAGAGGUGUCAAGAGUGCAGAUGGAGGCCCAUCGGCUCGGCCAGCACUACCCUGUGGCUCAGGGGAGUCUUAGUGAGUGGCUCACCAAGGUGCAGGGGGCCUGGACCAACCUGGAGGCCAAAGUCCAGGAAUGGAGCCAGAAGCUGUUGCAGGCUACCCAGGGCCACACCUUUCUUGGGAGCUGCCGGGAAUUGCUAGCGUGGGCUCAGGAGAUGCAGGAGCUGCUUUCUAAGGAGAAGCAGGCUGGGGAUGUGGUGGGGGCCAAGCAGUUCCUUGAGCAGCAUGAGGCGCUGGAGCAAGAGAUUCAGGAACGCUGCCUUCAAGCCCAGACCAUACGGCACGAAGGGCAGCAGCUGCUGGACAACGGCCACUUCCUGUCCCCAGAGGUGGCAGAGUGUAUGCAGGAGCUGGAAAGACAUCUGCAGGAGCUUCAGGUAGCCUGGGCCCUGCGUGGACAACGCUGGGAACAGACCCGGAGCCUGCAACAGCUGCGGCAGAGGCUGGAGCUGGCUGAGGCUUGGCUGGCCUCCUGGGAGCGCCUGCUGCUGGACCCCAGCUGUGGGCACUCGGUGUUGGAAGUGGAACGCCUGCUCUACAGACACGAGGGCUUAGAAAAGCUGCUGGUGGCCCACGAGGAGACAUUCAUUCAGCUUCAGACGAUGACAGAGGAGGCAAAGGGUGGUCAUGUCACGGAGGCAUCUGUGGAACAGCAGCCCCCCACAGAAGGGAGGCAGCCCAGAACCAGCUUCCCAACCAGCAGCCAUGGGAUCUUGGCAAGGGGAGCCUCGAGCCCAUUCUCAGAUAUGAGGAAGGCAGAAGUGCCAAGUGGCACUGGGGAACUGGCUUACGUGUCCCCCCUUGUACCUGAGGAGACUGAAUGUGAGAGGCUGGAGGACAGAAGGCAGACUUUCUUCCCAAGGUCUAAACCUUAAGAUGAAUCCUCAGUCAACACCAAUCCUCGGGGCUACCAGUGGAGACACACCUGGGAACCACUCGACUACUGACCCAAAGGUACCCUCCCCAGGGCUGCUCAGGACCAGUGUGCAGAACACAGCUCCUGUCAGAGGACAAGCAACUGAUGUCGCAAGUCACUGGCUAUGCCUGAGAUGAACCAUGGCUUCAUUGCAAGAUCUCUGGGCAAAGAUGGCAACCUGUGACAGGACCGGAACGUCCAUGCUCGAGGCCUCUUGGGAAGGGACCUGCUUUCAGAGUGGAAGUAACAGCCUGGUACAGCAGAUACUCUUGGGACAGUGCCACAAGCACCUCCCGUUUAUAAGCACCCCUGUAACAUGUCAAAUGUUCCGUGUCACAGUGUCCCGUCUCUAACGAGCCCCAAGUCCAUCCAUGGAUGAUGGCCAUAGCACCUCUGCUUGCAGCUUCCAGCCUAGACUCUGUGACAGGGCUGCUGACAUGUUAGUGUCACUUGUGGAAGUCCCAGACACACCUUUGUGGAGCUGUGCCUGGACAUCAGAGUUUCCAGAGUCUCUGGAGCAGUUGGUGAUGCUGGUCUUGAACUCGGAGCAGAAGGGGAAAGGAGUUAAAGACCAAGAGUGACCCAGGCAGGAGCCCAGCCAGGGUAGCUCAGCUGUCACUCCGGCCUAAACUGUUUGCGCUUUCUCCGCCGCUGCACGGCCUGGUGCAUGGCCUCCCGCAGCCGAUCCUGGUUGUUGCAGAUGUUGUAAUGCGUCAGCCGUAACAGCUUGUCCACAUC